UUUCUUUUCUUUAUAUGUUAAAUCCGUUUGUAUGGUUACUGUUGCUAUGUAUGGCAAUGUUAGUUGCUAGUUUCGUGGCAGGCUGUAUACCUCUUGCCACAAAACUAUCGGAAUCAAAGCUCAAUUUUUUGACUUUUGUCAGUGCAGGUUUAUUGAUAUCUACCAGUCUUGUUGUGAUUAUACCCGAGGGAGUAGAAACACUUUACACAAACAAAGUGUCCGAUACAACAGAGGAAGCACAAUUGGCUGAUCAUACUGCUGUUGGAUUGUCUUUGUUGAUUGGGUUCGCCAUGAUGUUUGUGAUUGAUCAAGUUAGUUCUAUGCAUAUUCACCCAACAACCUCUACAGCUUCGGUCAAUAUUAAAGGCAGAAACUCUUUAGAAUUAGAUGCGAUGUUGGCACCAUCAGAAACCCCCUCAUCCUCAUCCGAACCACAUCAUCACACACACAAUGUCUCCAUCACAACCCCUACGAUUGGUCUGAUUGUCCAUGCAGCAGCAGAUGGGAUCGCAUUAGGUGCAUCUGCAUCUCAUCCACAACUAUCGAUGGUAGUAUUUUUCGCCAUCAUGCUUCACAAAGCACCUUCUGCGUUUGCACUCACCACAGUCUUGUUAAGUGAGGGUCUGUCCCGUGCCCGAGUAAGACAACACCUCUUGAUGUUUUCUCUAUCUGCACCCAUUGGAGCCAUUUCAACCUAUGCCCUAUUGCACUUCUUUUCAGAAUCAUUCUCUACUGUGAAUUUAGAGUAUUGGACGGGUAUCUUGUUACUGUUUUCAGGAGGUACAUUUCUGUAUGUAGCCAUGCAUGCUAUUCAAGAACUUCCAAAUAACAAAGGAGAUCAUUGGCAAAUUGGGUCUAUUCUGUUAGGCAUGUUGAUUCCCUUUGUACUCAACUUGAACCACUCUCAUUAGAUUGUAAAAUAUCAUGCAUUAAAUUUUUGUUUCUCUCUC